GCUAAACAGGAAGAGUUUUUCGCAGAGACCUGACGGUGCUUUCCGCUCAGAUCCUCUCUGAAAACCAUCCCUAUCCUCCUUCAUAUUUAUUUUUGCCAAACAUGUGUGACCGCGGCUACAUGCGUGACAAACAGCGGGCAGAGGGAGCGGUGGAGACGGCCCUACUCGGUUGAGCCAGUCCCCCCUGGAUGCACCAUGAUCCCUGUGUCCCUGCUGGUGUGUGUGAUGGCAGCCUGGUGUGCUGUCUAUCUAGCAGACACACUGCUGAGGUCGUCAGUGACACACCGCAUCAGCUACGAGUCAUGGCUGGCGAGUCGAGGCCUGAUGUUGUCUCCGUUCCACGUGAGGUGGCAGACCACCAUGUUCAACCGGCUGUUUUCUUACUGCGCCCGCAUCAACCCCCGAGCCCUUUAUUUGUGGUUCAGCAGCGGUCUGGUGUUCGGCAUAGUGGCCAUGCUGGGAUCAGUGGUGCUGCUGAUAAAGACGCUGCAGCAGACGCUCGCUCAGAUGACCACAGACAACCCUCGGAUAGGAGGUCAGCAGGCCCUGCAGGUGGUGGUCCCUGGUGUCAAUCUGCCCACCAGUCAGCUGGCCUACUUCUUCAUCGCCCUGCUGCUCAGCGGAGUUAUACAUGAGCUGGGCCACGCCGUGGCAGCACUGAGGGAGCAAGUGCGAGUGAACGGCUUCGGCAUGUUUGUGUUUGUGGUGUAUCCCGGUGCCUUUGUGGACCUCUUCACCACUCACCUCAACCUCAUAUCACCGACACAGCAACUCCGCAUUUUCUGUGCUGGAGUCUGGCACAACUUUGUUCUGUGUGUGGUAGCAUUAGCCUUCCUCUUCCUGUUGCCUCUCUUUCUAUUUCCCAUGUACUCCACCGGAGCCGGGGCUCUGGUCAUCGAGGUCGUGCAGGGCUCUGCGGCCGACGGUCCGCGGGGUCUGUCAGUCGGGGACAUCGUGACAGGGCUGGAAGACUGUCCGGUCAGGGGAGUGGAGGACUGGAGCAGCUGCCUGUCUCACCUCGCUCACACCCCACAGACUGGAUACUGUGUCCCUGCUGCCAGCCUGCAGCCCAGCUGGGCUCAUGGACGAGCUUUCAAGCGUUUGGAUGGAACGAUGGACUGCUGCAGCAACAACAGCCUGACAGACCUCUGUUUCUCUUACAUUAAACCACAGGGCAGGAACAGCAGAGAGAGAGAGUACGCCUGUAUGCCAGUGCGUAAGAUGGUGACGGGGACGCGAGUGUGUCGUACCGACGACGACUGUGCCGCGCACUCCCACGCUGCCAGCGUUUGCGUCACUCCCUCUCUGGAAAACCAGACUCGCUUCAUCCGUGUCACUCACCCUCCGAACACACACAUGCUGUUUGUGGGGUACCCGCCGCACCUUCAGUAUGCUGUGAGUCUGACCAACUUUGUCCCCCGGUUUGGUUUCCUCCACCUGGAUCUGCCCGUCUUCUUGGAGACCUUCUGCAAAUACGUGGUGUCCCUCUCUGGUGCUUUAGCUGUAGUCAACUCUGUGCCGUGCUUCGCUCUUGACGGUCAGUGGAUGCUGAACGCUCUGCUGGAGGCCACGCUGGUUACUGUGGUAACAGACCGUCAAAAGCGCGAGCUGAUUGGUUUCUUCCUGCUGCUGGCGGGCAGCGCCCUGCUGGCAGCCAACGUGGCACUGGGCCUAUGGAUGGUCACGGCGCGGUAGCCACAGCGGUUAGCUGGCCUGGCAGGACAAAAACUAAACGAAUAAAGCUCCAUGCAGACUGAAAGAUGUUCUCUCAGGAUGCGUCUGAGAUGUGUGGACCAUUAAACUGUGAACAUACAGGGAACAGACUGCUUUACCCAGCAGUACUGCCCAAUUUCUGGAGACUGUUGAGCAGAACAUUACUCUGCCUUUAAGAGCUUACCGGACCACCAGGGAAAACAAUAAACAACUCACUUCUUCUUCCACCUUGUUGCCGUCGUAUACACAAAAGCACAUAUACAAAUAACUAAAGCACUUGCUAUAAAGCACUGUCCUGUGUGACUGUUUACAAAGACGGCACAAUCUUUCCAAAUUUUAAUGUCUAUAAUAUGUUUGUGUUUGAAGUUUGAGAGAAAACCAUCUCGGUUUUUUCAGGGUUGGAUUCCAAAAUGCCAUAUUUCCUUAGUGAACACCAAGAAAAUGUGCUUGUCUUGGCCUAACCUAAGGCAUCUUUGGACAACAGCGGUUUAAAAAGCCUUCAUUUUAUUGGCUAAUGCAUGGCAAUACCUUAAUUUAAUACCACAUAUCACAGCUGGAAAAAAAAAAUGUACUACCUAACAUUAAUAUGACAGUAUUUCAAACUGCCGUCUCACUUUGUGAUAUCCAAACAAUGUUUGUACACAGGAACCACAUUUUUAAACGAAACACGUGCUCAGUUAAGUGUCUCUCUCCCCCUCGGGCAUUGUUGUGGGAAAAUGGAUUACCUUUUUCCUCUUUUUCCUCAAAGUGCAAGUUUCAUUUUUACUCUCUUGGCCUCUCACUGUCUGUGAUCUGGUUGUAAAAGUUGAUUCAAAACUGUAGAAUAAAGGACUUGUUGU